AUAUAUCUAUCCAACGUGACCCGUCGGUUCGUAGGAAGCGAGAAAUUACGAACUGGUAUCCAACAUGGCGAAAGCAGUGCAGAAGAUCGUUGGUUUGGGCCAAAGAUUGGGAACUUCGGUGGUCACACAGGGACCCAAAGUUGCUGGAAAUGCAGUGCAGUGGACUCGGCCCAGACUAUCCAAGUUCUGGUACUACGCCCGUGUGGAGUUAGUCCCCCCAAUGCCGUCCGAGAUCCCCGCUAUUCAGAAGGGCUUCGGGGAGGUUGUAGCCAGUGCACGCUCAGGGAAAUGGAUGAACAUGACUACCAGGGAGGCUUUCCGCAACACUUUGGUCUGCAUGGAGGUUGCUUUCUGGUUCUUCGUGGGCGAGCAGAUCGGUCGGAGGAGUAUCAUUGGCUAUAACGUCAAGUCUGAUCAUCCAGAACCCAAAUACAUUUAACGACAGCUUCAACCUCGGAGUUCUAGCCAAACUUGUGUAGUAUUGCCCAGCACCCUCCAGAUUUACCCAUCCCGAACCCAACAGAAUCCCCCAAAAUCUUACAGCUGACUGAGUUAUGUUGGGUCUCUUGUGGCAUUGCUGAGAUUAUUAUGCAGGUUACUCCCUUACCUCACAUGAUCCAAAAAAAUCCAACUGCUUAUGCAAUCUUUGUAUGAUAUUGUGUGGUUAUGUUUAACAAAACCUGCAGAUUCCUGAACCGCUACCGCACAAUCCAACACGAUCCAACAAUGGACAAGGUUUUGCUUGAUCUUGGGCAAAGCAAAGUCAACUUCUUGACCCCCUACACCCACAGAAUCCAACAAACUUAAAAAUUGAGGGUUCCUUAGAUUUGAUCUCAAAUUAACCAGCAAAGUCCGUUGGUUUCAGGACCUAAAUCCCACAAAGUUGAAUAUGGUCAACAGCUGACAAAUUCCUGUUUGAUCAUGACAGUGUCAGUUGGUAUUCAGACAGAUGUACAAUGUAUGAAUGCUUUCACUAUCAGCAAUGUUUCCUGGAGUUUGUUUUACAAACCACAUUAAAAUAAUAAACUGGUAUUUGAUUUUAUCCUUGCUCUGUUGGACAAUUCACAAGUCGUGUCGCGACUUAGGUUUAAAGAUGCAUGAGUUUCAUAUUUAAGAUUGAUUUGAACUGAUUGAGGUAUUUUAACGAAUGAAGUGAUUGUUUUGUUUCAGGACAAGUACAUGUUCAUGUAAUGUAGGCAUUGAGUUCAGUAGGUACAAUGUACAUGUACACCAAUGAAAGUAUUUGGCUUUUGGGACAUGCAUUUCCUAAAUUGUCAUUUUUGUAAGACACACUGCCUCUUGCAACAGAUCAGCAAGCCUGCAAAUUCUAACGACUCUCACUAUUAGCACCAUCUGUAGUUCUUGCACAACCGGCCUAUGGGAAAGAAACUCUUGUUGAUCUCUUUUAUAUUUCUUGUCUCAUAUUCUUUGGUUUACACAUGAGGAAAUAUUCCGGAGGAAGUAUUCCGAAGGGUUUAUUCCUAACCUUUGUUCUCAAUUGUACCUUGAUGAUUUUCCAUCAUGAAUCCUCCAUCACGACCUGAGCUCCAUCCAGUGUGGAUGGGACUGCAGUGUAGUCCUGUUUGACCUCCAUUGACCUCCUGCAAGGCAACUGGAUAAUACUUUACCUGCACAUGUACAUGUAUUUUCCUGAAUAGAUAUACUUUAUUACUGAACACUUUGUGUUGUGUUCUUUAGCAUUGUCAAUUCAGUUUGUUAAUAAACCAUUGUUGUUUACAGAAUUGUAAAAGAAAGUGUUAA